AUGGAUCUGAGUUUGGUUGUCAUGGUGAUUCUCCUGUCGCUGCACGGCAUCGUGUUCAUUUUUGGCACCGUGGUCAACUCCUUGGUCUUCCUAGUGUUCUAUCGAAGGCCCUCCCUCAGGUCCCUCUCAAAUAGAUUUGUCUUAUCGCUGACGUCAGCCAAUCUGGUGUCAACGGUGGUCGUGGUUCCAGUCCAGGCCCUUAGACUGUCAGGGCUGACGCACCUGCUGUCACCCAGCACAGCCGGAGGCGCCGAAGGGCAGGAAGAAGUGACCAGGGGCGCCGAGCAGUUCUGGUGGUGCCAAGCGUCCAAAGCUCUAAUGGCACUCGCUGUGGAGGCUGCUAUAUUUUCGGUGCUGCUCAUCGCGGUUGACAGGUACUGCGCAGUGACGUCACCACUACAUUAUUCAAUGACAAUUACUCGCGGGCGCAGCGUACGACUCAUCGUGGGCGUUUGGACCCUCGCCCUGUUCUAUGCCCUCCCGCUGUUGCUAGCCCACGCCCAACCACAGACCAGGCCAGCUUCGAGAUUGUCAGCCUGUCCACCAGGUCAUGACAUAAUCACAGCAGUGCCGAUCAAAUUCGGUAUAUACUACGCCAUCCUCCUGGCCCUCUGUGGAUUCCUGGUGCCCCUGUUUGUCCUCAUCUGGAUAUACGUCCGAAUGUACAGGGCAGCCCAAAGAAACUCGGCUAGGACGAGAAGACACAGCCUGGGCCACAACCCGAAUGAAAUCAUUAUACCCGAGUGUCCCUCCACCCCAGAUUCAGGGAACCAGAACUCUGUCCGGUGUAAGACUCGACUCCACAGGCGUCGCUCUUCCAACACCAGCAUCUCCUCGCUCUUCUUCAGAGAGGAAGGGCGGGCUGUCAAGACUGCUGUUAUCGUGAUUGCCUCCUUCAUUGCGUCCUGGUUCCCCUACUAUGUGUUCAGGAUCUGCGAGGCCGGAGGUUGGAUCAAGGAUGUCCCGUACAUAGACGAGAUAAUCAACUAUGUGGCGCUCUCCUCCUCCUGCACAAUGCCUUUCAUUUACGUGUACCGGAACGAGACAGCCAGCAAGGAAGCCUUAAAAAUCAUAUGCUGGUGGCGGCCUCCCAGCCCGGCCACCCCAGCUUUUCUUUCCGAGGUCCUCGUCCACCCGAAAAGGAAAACUGGGAAAUGGCCCAUCCACCAAACACAACCGGUUCGAAUCAUAGAGCCCGACACAGCAUCACUGUACAGCUACGCCACGGAGUGUGGAGCCUGCGGUCACAAUCAGCUGGUGUGUUCUUUGAGGAACGGCAGGCCUGUCACGUCUCCGCUCCCACCUGAGCCUAGGAGGACCAGCCCUAGGCGAGAGAGUACAGUUUCCUUCAAGCUGACGCCCAUGGACAGGCCAUCCUCUCGCUGUCGUCAGUGUCUGAGGCAAGACUCUGCUUCCUCGGCAUCAUCGGAUGACCCUCUACUGAACGAGUGUUUCCGCCAUCACAGAACCUCUAAUCCAUCAGUUAGAUGGACCAGACCAAGGAUGUCUAAUGGGUCUGUUGCCACCAGAAGUGACUCUCUGGCAUCAACUAAUUCCUCAGUGCUCAGUGCAGGGUUACAAAGGUGGCCUAUGAGGCGUUAUUCUACUGUGUCAACAGACAGUGGAGGCCACCAUCACCAGACGAAGCGCCAUCAAGAAGACCUGGAAGAAGAGUCUUCUCUAAGGGCGCUGAACCCAGGCCAGAGAUCCCUCUUCUUGGAGAGUGAAGAAGACUCUUAUGAGGCUAGUGGUAACCAGCCAGAGAUCCACGGUUACGCCAACCCAUUCAGACACCCGCGCCUGAGUCAUCGGCAGGAGUCCAUUGGUUCCUCUGUCAGGUUUAUCUGGGAGAUCGAAGAGGGCGACGGCCUGGACGAUGAUUCUACAGAACCUGAAGGGCACGACGCCCCAAUUAGGUGACCUUUAGCCAGGUCACCAUCCCUCAUGAACUUGGCCAAAGUCUGUCAAACAGACGAUUCUGUGGAAUCUUCCCGACUGACCACAUGGAGGAUGUCAGUGUAAAUAACUCAUAAUGUCUUUUGUAUUCAGUUCCAAUUUCUAUGUGAUCUCAUUUACCUAAUAAGCAAGAUACUAGGACAUUGUGAAAAGCAAGUAUAUAAUGAAAAUAAGUAUAUAUAUAUAUAAUUAUGUAUAUGGAUAUAUGUCUUUCCGAGCUUCAAGCUUCUAAUAUAUAUAUUACACUACAUAUACAUCUUACAAGCACACGAAAAGAGUAUAUAAAUUCUCCAUACUAAACAAACAUGUAGAUCCAAGAAGCCUAACUGCACGUUUAGAUGCUUAGGCCUAAUAAUCAGUGUUGCAAAAGUCAGACCAGUCAUUAGACCUACUCUAGGUUGCACCCGUUGUUCCCUUACAGCGAGCAUGA